GCCACUUCCCACUGAUCCAGUCGCACUGUGCAGCUCUUGUCCGUGACGACCACCUUCAAAUAUGUUGCUUUCUUUUGCAACAUAUGUGCCACCCCUUGUGCCGUUCACGGAUGAGUCGACUUAGAUCUCCAGGCCAACUAUCAGAAAUACUACGGCCUGGUAACAUUCCCGUUGCACCGUAUCACCUGCGGAAACACACGCGGGACGCUAUAAGCACCCUUUUAGCAGUCUAUGGCGUCUUCCCAGUUGCGACUGCCAACCCCAACUGACUUCCCAGGAUGUGGCCAUUCACGGACAGCUAUCCUGCCCGGCCGCUAGCAACGCUGAGGUCGCAGUAUGACUACAUCGUCGUAGGAGGAGGCACAGCUGGGUGUGUUCUUGCCCGCAGGUUAAGUGAGGAUCAGCCGACAUGCACAGUCUUGUUAGUGGAGAGAGGCGACGCUUCUAACAACUUCCUCGAUACGACUCCUCUUCUGUCUAUACACCACAUGUCAACAGGACGGCGCAGUACAGUCAUCCCAAGUACGCCUCACGCGCGGCUUGGGCGGACGUUUCCCCUCGUCUGUGGAGUUGGCCUGGGUGGGACAUCGCGUAUCAAUGGCGGCCAGUACACCUGUGGUGUUCCCGCUCAGUACAAUGCAUGGAGCGACCAAGGCCGGGUCGGAUGGUCUUACGACGAGUUCAAGCCGUACUUCCUCAAGUCCGAGCGGUGGACGGGGCCGGUGCCUCAGGAGUACCAUGGUCUAAAUGGUCCUCUGGAAGUACGCUCUUUCGAAGGUUACCACUAUGAAUGUUCGCGGAGAGCGGCAGAUGCAGUCAGGAAGAUUGGCUUCCGCGACAUCAUCGACAUGCAUUCGCCCUUCGAGCCGAGCAUAGGCUUCAACAAGAUGCAGUACACAGUCGACUCGACAGGACGACGCCAUUCUGCUUUUCGUGCAUACCUACCCGCAGAGGUCGUCAGAGGUCGACCGAAUCUGCACGUAUGCAUAAAUGUGGUGGCUACAAGGGUUGAAUUCUCAGAGGGAAGUGACGGUACUAACAGCGCCGAAGGGGUAGAGCUUGAGAGCCUCGACCGCAGCCUGAAGCGAAUAAUCACUGCUCGUCGUGAGAUCGUUCUCUCUUGUGGAGCCUUGCGCACUCCUCAGCUAUUACUUUUGAGUGGAAUAGGCCCUAUUUCUCAUCUACGUGAGAAGGGAAUCCGGGUCGUCAGGGGUACCCCCGGAGUCGGCCAACAUUUGCAAGACCAUGUCAUUAUCCAGACGACCUACAACUGCCCCUUGUCGGACUCGCUCUACGCAAUGGUCAAGCAGCCAACCACAUUCCUGCGAGAGACUUAUAACUACCUCCGUCACGGCGCGGGAUGGUUCCUCUGCACUCUCGCCGAAGUAGAGAUCUUCGGCCUGUCGAGUGUGAUCAACUCCGACGGAAAACCCGCCAUGUUAUCAGAGGAACAGCUGAACCCUUACAAUCCCGCCAACCUGCCGGACUUCUGCGUUCUUGUGGCCCCGAUCGGUGACCCGAGCAUCCCAGGCGUGGAUACCACGAAAGGUGUCCUGAGCAUCAACGCAGGCCUCAUGCUCUCCAAAUCAUUCGGCAACGUCCGCCUGGGCUCUACAGAUCCGCGCGUUGAGCCUCUCUGCGACAUGCAGUACCUCACUGCGCCCGAAGACCGCGCUGCUCUCCGUGCCGCCUUGCGCGUCACCAACGCGAUCGCCCGACAGCUACGCGAGGAAGGCUACGAAAUCGACCCGGUGCGCGUGCCAGACGUGUCGAGCGACGCGGCCAUCGACGAGUACAUCGACAAGUACGUCGACACGAUGUACCACUACACGAGCACCUGUCGGAUGGCGCCGGAGGACGAUGUACGGCCGGGCGUCGUGGACGACGAGCUGCGCGUGCAUGGGGUACGGAAGUUGCGCGUAGCGGAUGCGAGUGUAAUUCCGAAUGUGCCUGCGGCGCACCCGCAGGCACUCGUGUAUGCCCUGGCGGAGAAGUGUGCUGAUAUGAUGCGCAUGAGCGCAGAGCCAACGGGUCUAUAGGGUUUGAUUCACGGUCGUAAACAUCAUCUCUGUCAAUUCUGCUUAGGUUGGACCAGCGACGGAGAUGCGCAAAGUCGCUUGUACUGUAUGCAAUGAUCAAUGCUUCGUUGUCGAGGUUCAACCUACUCAGGUGGACCAAUGA